USCCACUGCUGAAUCCACCGCCGAGCGACGGAUUGCGGCGCGCAUCGAUUCCCUCGGCUCGCCCUGCCGCCCGCUCCCACGCACAUCCCGGUGCUGGUGCCGGUCCCGGGGGAUGUAGGAGGACGCUCGGCCCAGGGUACGCGGCAGCGCCGCCGGCACGUCCCCCGGUGCGGCCGCCUAUCGCCUGCAAGGGCGGGCGCAGCCGCCGCCGCGGCCGUGUGGCUGCAGGCGUUCCCCGGGGAGACCGGGAAGGGGCACGGCUUCUCCCCGCCUGCCCCUCCGUGCCGCCGCCGGUCCCGCCCGGUCUCCGUGCCUUUAGAGUGUGCCUGCCCGCCCCGCGGGGCCAUGGAGCGCGCGUUCACGCCGCUGGAAUGCCUCCUGCCCGCCGGGAACCUGAAGUUUUGCCUUCUGAUUCUGAACCAGCCUUUCAACAAAGGUCAUUUUCAUUGUCUGUGGAGCAGAGCUGCCCUGAGAGCUUGUGCUGAUGGAGGUGCCAAUCGUCUCUACCACAUGACGGAAGGGAGCCGGGAAAGCUUCUUGCCUGAUUACAUCAGUGGUGAUUUUGAUUCCAUUCAGCCUGAAGUCAAGGAGUUCUACAAGGUCAAGGGAUGUGAGUUAAUUGAGACCAUGGAUCAGGACCUCACAGAUUUCACCAAGUGCCUUCAGAUACUCCAGAAAAAGAUAGAGAAGAAGGGCCUCCAGAUUGAUGUGAUUGUGACUUUGGGAGGACUUGGAGGACGKUUUGACCAAACAAUGGCAUCAGUGGAAACGCUUUUUCAUGCAACGAAUAUCACUCCUUCUCCAGUGAUAGUUAUCCAGGAUUGCUCGCUGAUUUACCUGCUGCAACCUGGCAAGCACAAGCUGCRUGUGGACACAGGACUGGAAGGACCCUGGUGUGGCCUCAUCCCCAUCGGGAACCCCUGUGAGAGUGUGACCACAACCGGCCUUAAAUGGAACCUCACCAACCAGGCACUGAAGUUUGGAACACUCGUCAGUACUUCCAACACCUAUGACAACUCUGGGAUUGUGACCAUUGAGACAGACAAACCUUUGCUGUGGACAAUGGCUAUCAAGAGAUAAACAGACAUAGCUGCCUUUUCUGAUCAGACACGACUGAAAUCACUACAAAAUUUCACGGAAUUAAGACAGUAAAGCUGUUGCAAAAGACAUAAGCARGCACUGAUUUUAUGUAUUGAAUGGAAAAAAAGUCUGAAAUAAAAGUCACUUGAGAUUGCAUCAAAAGUACUUGCAAUAAUAAAGUACUUCGUUCUGGUACCUCAUUCUGCUUAAUCAGAAGAUGCAUGAGCAGCCAGUCAGUACAAUCACAAACAGAAAUGAAUAUAAAGAAACUGCUGCUGCUUAUCUGGUUAGUUCAGGCUACUUUUACAAAGUAUUUUAUUCCAAUACUGCACUAUWUUUUCCCCUCUUGCCAAAAGGAUAUACAGUAUCCAGUUACAUUUAGUUUAACUAUUACAAAGUGAUAGCACUAAGAUUAAGUAAUCUCAUUUUUCUGUCCCAGGUUGUAGGUGUUGGUGAAGAUUUCUCAAGAACAGUAAUUGAACUUUUCUACUUAGGAAGCAAGUGCACUGAAGAAGCUUCAGUUUUGCUGUAACACCAGUAUCAGAUUUCCCAGUAUUCAUUGCUUUUGAAGUCAAAUAGACAUACCACUGUACCUUCURCAAAUACCAAAUGCUUACAGUAUGAUUUUUGAAAAUAAAUAAAUGUUUUAAUCUGAGAAGGAAGAGCAUUGCAUUUACCAGUUUUUGCAGGCUCAGUUCUUCAAAUCAAAAUUUAGAAUCAUUUAAAGUAAAUUUUCAGGUCAACGUGCAGAAGCCUUUUUCUAGUUCUAUAUACAGAACARGGUCCAAAAUGGUGGUAUAUCCUCUCCGGGAGUGUAACCAAGUUGUGGAUUUGCUGAAGCACUACUUAGUGUCUGUGACAGCUAAAUUAUCCUCAAAUGGUACAUCUCAGUAAUCAUUUAUUAAUUAUGCCRUCAGAAUAAGGACUGGCAAAACAACUUCUUUAUUUGAUGGAGUUUUUUUUGUCAACUACAUAGUACAACCUAGAAGGACUUCCAAAUGCAAGAAGGAAUUAGUGAUUAUUAUGGUGACUCGGAAUUAUUGAUAAGAGUUCCCAUACACUUUUGCAUCACCACUUGAAAGGAUACAGAAAUGCUGUUUUCUUGCUGUCUACUUUUGCUGGAACAAUGCUGUUCCAAUGCAUAAUUUACUGAUUAGUAAAUAGCUCCUGAAGAGAGGUCAUACAGCUGUCCCCCUUGGAAGCUUUCAGUAUYUGACUGGACAAAACCUCAAGCAACCUCAUCAGAAUGGAACACUGACCCAGCUUUGUGCUGGACAUUAGACUCAAGACCUUCCAAGCUUCCUUCCUACUUGAAUGAUUCUACUACGGUUAAAAGAAGUAACAAAACAAGCAAAACACACAACUACUAUUACCAAAAAAAAGAAAA